AUGGACCAAUUCUUCGACGGGAUUCACGUGCGGCUGCGGAGCCGCGUGCGCGGGACGUACCUCUCCGCCGACGAGGACGGGGUCGGCGUCUCCGUGAGCAGGCGCCGCGCCUCCCUGAACGCGGCGUGGCAGGUGCACCUGGUCCAGCGCGGCGACAUGCACUUCGUCCUCCUCCGCAGCGCCGCCUACGGCCGCUACCUCGCGGACUCGCCGGAGAUGGCGCCCUCGGGCCACCGCGGCCGCCGCGCUGUCCAGCGCGACUUCGACGAGCCGGAACUGGACGCCGUCAUGUGGAGGCCCAUCGCGGUGAUCACCGUCGACGACGUCGACGACGACGACGAAGCCGAAGAGGCCCAAGCCGACGCCGACGUCGUCCUGCGCCACGGGAACAACCGCUACCUCCGCGCCAACGGCAGGCACCGCCGCUGGCACAACGGGGUCACCGUCGACGACAACGACGGUGUAAGGACCACGAUGAUGCUUUGGACGGUCGAGGAAAUCCCCCCGAGGUUCACGACGCCUGCCCUUCCACCCCCAACUAUGAAUCUAGGAGGAUCCGGUUUCAUGAGCCUGUUCCGGCGCGCCGAGCCCAGGACAGAGCCGCUGCGGACGAUCCGGUACGUGCGGGCGAACAAUCAGGGGAACUUCAACCAGCUCGGCUGGGCCACGCUCCAGUUCUACGGCACGUCUGUGUACUUGCUGAUGCUCAGGCUGGUGUACCAUCUGGACAUCCGCAACGAAGGGAACGCCUUAGGCAUCGUGCUGUGCGUGCGGGCUGGCAACUAUGCCCGGCUGACCCCUCUGGUCACCGACCUGCCUCGGUGCGAGGAGCCCAUGGACAUCGUUAUCCUCGCCACCGGCUCCUAUGCUGCUGCGCAAUUGCGGCACCCCAAUGUUGACGAACCCUAGAGGUGUAUGAGAGCAGGACUACUGACAAAGGGACAACAGCUUCGUGACAGAUCUCUUCAGAAAUCAAAAUGCUGCUUCGGAAACAACGGCAUGAGAAGUAGUGUAGUUUCAGAAACCUCAGAAACUCUUCUGCUUUCUGGUAGUUUAGUUGGAGGAAUUCUCGAGAAGGGAAGCAGUAUAGCGUGACAUCAGUUUCAGACUGCUGAAAAGCAUUAUUUGCACAUAAUGCUUGAAAGAUUUUGCUUUGUGUAGUUAGUAGUUACAGUCUUCAUGUCUGUCUGUUGAUAACAAGAAUGUUGCUGCAAAAUUUAUAGCCUAAGUGAUGAGG